ACUACAUAUAGACACAGUGCACUUGCUGUGUUUUUCAGCACAUAGAUUUGUAGCAAAUACAAACCACAUAUUAUAACUAUUUGCAUCCAAAGCUUGCAACCACCAUAAUGGCUACGGCUAAUGAAAACAUGCCCCCUGCGGUGGUACAACGUGUUGUGAAAGACGUGCGUAAGCUGUUGAAAACUGAGUUGGAAGGAAUCAGACUAGAUAUAAACGAAGACGAUGUAACUGAUAUUCGUGCUACCAUCGCAGGACCUAAAGACACACCUUAUGAGGGGGGUUUCUUUCGGCUUAAGCUAAUACUCAAUAGCGAGUUUCCUACUUCGCCUCCCAAAGGCUACUUCACCACAACAAUAUUUCAUCCAAACGUAGCCAAGAACGGCGAAAUCUGCGUGAGCACGUUGAAAAAAGACUGGAAACCCAGUUUGGGCCUUGACCACGUGUUAUUGACUGUGAAAUGUCUUCUAAUAGUGCCUAAUCCCGAGAGUGCGUUAAAUGAGGAGGCUGGAAAGUUAUUAUUAGAAGACUACGAAGAGUAUUGCAAGCGAGCAAGACUUAUGACUGAUAUCUAUGCUAAACCCAAGGAUGCCAAGAGUGCUGGCGCUGGCGACGGUGCAGUCGAAAACAUUGGCGCUUAUGCACCGGAGAAACUAAAGAAGAAGGUCACUAAGACAAAGUCGAAGGCACUCAAGCGAUUGUAAAUGCCGUUGUAAAUGCCUUGUUGUCCCGAAAUGGGGGGACCUUUCUGUUUUCUGAGGAUCGUUUCCUAAAAAGUCGAUUGUGAACUGUCAUCCGCGCGAUCCGAAGAUUUUAGCGCAUCAAAGUAUUAAGUCAGUCUCGCUUAAUUGCUUUGUCAUACUCUGAUGGCGAGGAAGGAAUAUAAAAAGGCGUGGGGUGCGGUAAUGCUCGAAGUUUUGCGGAAGGGUGUACCUGAUCGCGCAAAUAAUCUCCAGAUGUGCCACCAACUGACGUGUCUGUUAGGUGUGGCUGAAGCAGAUGGGGCAAUCGUAUAUUCUUCACGCUUAAAGGCGCGCGUGAGCUAAUCAAAGCUCUCAAGAAUAUUGAGACUUAUGUUAUUUUUGUCUUCUUGGCCUCUUUUGAGUUGAAAUAGGCCUUCGUCGCACAGAAUUACACAUGUGACUGGCUUUGUGAUCAUUUUUAAAAGAUAUCCACUGCUUCCCAGCAGCCAGAUUCAAGUGGUCUUCCGCCAAUUUGGCCUUGGAGAGCUUAAUAUCACCAGAAUAAUCUCGAUAAGAAUAAGGGUGAGGCAUGGUCUAUUGCCUGCUGGUUGGGAACUUGGAACGGCGUGCGCUAUGAGUUAAACUCGCCUCUGCUGGGCCUAUUAUGAAUAAAGAAGUUAUUUGGUUGAGUUCUUGCUUUCAGACACUCAUUAACAUUCCGUC